ACCAGGGGAGGUAAGCGAGAAAAUCACGCACAUGCUCCAACAUGGCGACGGAGGAAGAAAACGUUGAAAUCGAAGAGAAUGAAGAUAAGAAGGAAGGCAAAUCAAAGAAGGUUGCCAAACAUGACUCAGGGGCCGCCGAUUUAGAGAAAGUAACUGACUAUGUCGAAGAAACAGAAAUAUCCGCUCAGAGCAUCAGUGAUGCCAUGCGGGUUGUGAAUGUCAGCAAAGCUAAAGAAGCUUCUGAGAGACAGGAACGAGAAAGAGAACUUUCGAAAGUGAAGAUAAACAAAGAUGACGUAGAUCUAAUUGUGAAUGAAAUUGAAAUUGGACGAAUACAGGCGGAGAGAGUUCUGAGAGAACAUAAAGGGAACAUUGUGGAAGCACUUGUUGCGCUUACGAACUGACAAAGGAUACAAUAUUCCACAUUGAUUACUGUUCCAUUUUGACCACUUGAAACUCGCACCGGAACAUGCAAGUUUGCCUGUAAUAAGACACUUUUUUAAUAUGAUCUAAACGAUUGUCGACCUUCAAGAGCAAGUUCAUCAAGCCUUUGUUGUGAAAGCUAAUGUCUUAGUUCAUUUUGUUCGGGACAGAAUCCUGAACAGUAUAUCGGACAAAAAGAAAUCCAAUACAGGCUAUGUUUAAUGAACAUCAUGCAUUCUCACCUUUCAGUCGAGGAGAAUUUCUUCCUGAGUAGAACUUAAUGUACUGAAGCAUGUAAUUGUACUGGUAUAUUUGAAACUGUCCAAUACAUGCGACUUCAGAGAUGGGAGACUCACUUUCAUUGUGAUGUCAAAUCUUUUUCACCUGUGUAAUAAACAUACAUAACUUAUAA